UUAAGAACGCUGACAGAAUGCCUUUACCUCUUAUCAGCGAUAUUCAUCAACGUAUGGGUUCAUCUACCAUCUUUACCACCUUCGACAUCAAGCAGUGCUUUCAUCGUUUUCUUAUUCAAGAAUCCGAUAGACCCAAAACCGCCUUUACUGUUCCUAGAACUGGCAUGCAAUAUCAAUUUCGUCACUGUCCUUUUGGAUUGACAAUUACUGGUAACAUCGUUUAACGUAUCCUUACCAACCUUUUUGCUGAUCUUCCAUACACUGCACUCUACAUUGAUGAUCUGUGCGUAUUCAGUUCUGGAUCCAUGAAUCAACAUAUGGAAGAUGUUCAAGAAGUUUUAAGACGUCUCACAUCGGCAAAUCUCAUCAUCAACGUCGAAAAGACAUACUUCGCUCAAAGUUGUGUGAAUGUUCUGGGUUGGACUAUUGGUGACAAUGAUUCACUCAUUUCUGAUCAACGCAAGUUGUCAAAUAUCGAUGUUUGGCCUACACCUACUACUGGUAAACAGGUCAUGAGUUUUUUUCGGGCUCGCUAGCUAUUUCUGUACAAGUGUUCCAAUAUUCUCUCAGCUCACAGCUCCUUUUGACAGACUUAGAUCUCCAAGUUCUUUAAAAAAAAAAAUUUGGAAUGAAUCCCACAAUCGAGCUUUCCAGAAUAUCAAGAUUGCUUUGAUUAAUGCUCCUGUUAUCAGCAUUCUUGAUCUCAAGUAUCGCUUCUACGUCGCAGCAUAUGCUAGUGCUUAUGGUAUCGGUGGUGUCAUAUACCAGGUCAUCAACCAAGAAGUUAAAUACAACGCUUUUGCGGCAAGAGCUUUCACAGCUACGGAACGUCACUAU